ACAGAGAGCUUGGAAAACAAUGAAAGGAAAUUCAUUUGAACGCACCUGUCAUGGCUCUUUUCUUGUUUUCAAUCGGUAAAAGCUAAGAAAUCUGGAACGUCUUCAAUCCAUCUAUCCUCCUGUAUUUCAGAGAAGACUUUGGGUGAAUAUUUGAAGCUGUGGAUUGUUCAAUUGAACUAGCCUUUUUGUUGGUUAUGAGUUAUAAAUUAUUCUAAAGGAACUAGCGAGUCUAUAGGCCUAUCGACUGAUCAUAUUCGGUAAGCGAAGGCGUACAACUACACGAGCAUAGUGGAUGUUUUUGGCGAGUUUAUCGUAUCAAAACUACUGCAAAUGCUACGAUGAAAUCGUGUGAAAAUAACCACGUUUACGAACUAAACCCAAGACUUGAUAAACUAGAUGAAGAAAGUGGAGCUCGAGACGAGAGACGGUCUUUUGAUUCUUCGAGUGAAUUUUCAGAUCGCUAUAAGAAAGAUAGACGCAUUAUUGUCAACGUUAGCGGCCUUCGAUUCGAAACUUACGAAAAUACUCUUCAAAGAUUUCCUGAAACUCUACUUGGAAGUAAAGAAAAGCGAGAAGAAUACUAUGACAGCGCGAUGAAUGAAUAUUUUUUCGAUCGGAAUAGAUCGACCUUUGAAGCCAUAUUGUUUUUUUACCAAUCCAAGGGAAAGCUAGUACGACCAAAUGGAGUGCCAUUUUUGAUCUUUACCGAGGAGCUCCGAUUUUUCGAAAUUGGGAGAGAAUUUGUCCAACGGCUUGAGGAAGAAGAAGGAUACGGUCAAAAAGAAGUGCGAAUUCUACCGAAAAAUACGAUACAGAGGAAAAUAUGGGAGCUUUUUGAAUACCCCGAUAGCUCAUUUGGAGCACGAGUCCUUGCCACAUUUUCAGUGUCUAUUAUUUUAUUAUCUAUAGUCGUAUUCUGCAUAGAAACUCUGCCUCAGUAUCGGUGUGUAACCAACUCCGAAAAUGUUGGAUGCGAGAGAAAGGUGGUUGAAACUGGUCGUACUAAUUCGACCACCACCGUUUCAUCGAAACGUAGAGCCGACAGAAGUAUUGCUUGGUUUGUGAUGGAAGUUUUAUGCAUAUCUUGGUUCACCUUGGAAUAUUUGGUACGACUUUUCUCCUCACCUCACAAACUACUUUUUGCACGGUCGUUCCUAAACGUGAUAGACUUAGUGGCAAUUCUACCUUACUAUAUAACUUUGCCGAUGGAAAACACCAAAAUUACGUCUUUGGCGGUGCUCAGGGUUAUCCGACUAGUUCGUGUUUUCCGUAUCUUUAAGCUUUCCCGGCAUUCUCGUGGACUCCAAGUUCUUGGCCAAACUCUGCGAGCAAGCUCAAGGGAAUUAGGAAUGCUGAUCUUUUUUCUCUUCAUCAGCGUCAUUUUAUUCGCAAGCGCUGUUUACUACGCCGAAGAGGAAGAUCCAAGAUCAAAAUUCAAUAGCAUUCCCGAUGCCUUCUGGUGGGCGGUCGUUACCAUGACGACGGUCGGCUACGGCGAUAUGUUUCCCGUCACGCUCUGGGGGAAAAUAGUGGGCUCAAUUUGUGCUAUUUCGGGUGUACUUACAAUCGCCCUGCCCGUACCCGUAAUCGUUUCUAACUUUAACUACUUCUAUAAGCGAGAACAGCUUGCGAGCUCGCUCGAUUUGGCUGAGAAUGGCCAGUCUCCGUACGCUAGUUACUGCGAGCAAGAAGAAUCAGAAGGCGAUAUGGUCAACGGUCCCUUGGUUUCAAGUCCAUCAGGGCAAAUACCGUCACCUACCAAUCAAAAUACUUACAAUCUAGAAGUCAAAGUUGAAACUCCAGUUUGAACGUCAGAAACGAAGUGAAAUAUGACUGAAAGCUUUAAUUAGUUAUAAUAUAUACAAAUUGACACCAGCAGUGAAAAUGAUCGAUGUUCUGACGAGGCCGGAGAGAGAUUCAUGAUUGAAAUAUCGAUGGAAAAUUUUUUAAAGACAUUGAUUAAAGAGUACAAACAAGAGGAUUAUCUUCAAUACUCUGCGCUUGAUAAUGUGUGCUAAAUGACAAGUCGUUCGAGCUCUUGAUGUAUUUAGACAAGUCGUUAUUGGACCUAAAAAAGUCACAUUAAUACCCAAAGCACUUCGACUACAAUACGUGAAAUUUGAACACACUGAUGGACGACCGGCAGUAUCUUAAAUAAAUGCUGUUUAAAGCGUAUAUACACACUAACGAGCUGGCAUACAAUUGGUCUGUAAUCGACAUAUAUAUAUAUACAAAAUUGUGAACACAAGGACAUUUGGAAGGAAUGACUAAUAAGACUAUAAAACAUCUGUCCUGGUGAUGACGCAUUUAGAAAGGAAUUUUAAAGAUUAUACAUCCGCGUUGCGACAUACCUGGACACAGAUUCCUUUCUCCUUUUAUGGCCGAAUUUUUUACGAAUGGCUGUCCUAAGGUGACGACUUUUAAAUUCGUCCUAACAAAGCAAUAUCGGUGAAAUAAAAUAUGGAAUUUUUUGGAUUUAAAUUAAUUGUAGUGAAAGGCUUUAGAAACUAGAUGGAAAUGAGUGAAAUUUUGGGUAGAAAUGGACAAAUAGACAAGGAAUUUUCAUCUUUUUUACGAAGAAAUCCUAAGAGAUGGAAUCAUACACAAGCCUUUAUCAGGUGGGAACUGGCGUAGUGAACUGUGGUCUGAUUUUGAUGACAAUUCAAUCGGAUCCGAUUCAUGAAAUUAACAUUGGGGAAAUUUACGAAAUUAGAAAUAACAUAUAUUUAUUAGGAUUUUUCGGGAGGAACGGAUGUUUCAGGCAUGAGCCAAUAAGGAGCAGUGUGACUCAGCUAAGACACCAUGACUCAUAGUAUGUCUGUAAAGCCAGGUGGCGGUUUGAAGUACUGGUACCCAGACCCCACACGGUCAUUUUCUACAGCCAGUCAAAAGGCCUGUUAGAAUUGCAAAUUGAUUAAGUUCCGUAAUAUUCAAAAUGGCGUCGAUUAUAUUUGGAUUAGUCGAGCCAACCAAUGAUAUUGGUGACGCCAAGUGACGUCAAAACGCUCAACCAAUCAUCGUAUGACAAAAUCUCCCGUGACAAAAUUUUAUUAGUAAUUCACCCUAACCCAGGCCCUCUCUCAGCGGUAGAAUAUUACCUACAAGGGAUUGGGUAUGUGAGAUUAGCUGGUUUUAAAUAUAGCUGUAAAUCAAGACACGUGACCCGAGACUUGUGAUCUUACGGGUGCAGAGCUUUUUAUACUGACGAAUCAACUUGCAUUUUACCGCUUCGCCGGAAUAUCUGGAUGCCUUAAUAGUAUAGCUAGCAUUUAACGGAGGAAUUUUACGAGCGUAUUUGCACAAAAAAGGUAAAUUUAUGACACAAGAAUGUGAAAAAUUUGGUGUAUUAUUUAUUUAUUUUGAUUUAUUGCCAGCAUUUAAUUCAUUUAUUCUAAUGAAUUUUWAAAAUAAUCGUUGCCAGGCAACCACUUUGUUUCUGUGUUGCUAGGUGACACCAAUUAAGUGUAUUGUUGCUAAGUAACGAAUCUGGGUGUUAUUUAUUUUGCUUUAUCGCUAACACUUGAUACUUCAGGUACUUAAUUCUGACAUAAUUCUACACAAUUAUAAAAAACCCGUUGUAAGGCGACCACUUUAAUUUGUUGCUAGGUCACAGCAAGAGUUUAUCGUUGCUAAGUAACGAAUCUGUUUUGUUGCUAGGCCACCUCAUUUUGUUGUUAAGUAACUAACUUCAAAUUCCUUAAUGCUUUUGAUUUUGUAAUUUUUAAUGUUAAUUGUUUUAAAAUUUUCUUUUUUAAGUUUUGUAGUAUUGUUUGGUUGUGCUGUUCUUUUUUCUUCUUCUUCUUUCAAAGAAAUUUAUGCUAGCUUCAUAGUCAGUUAACAAUUUCUAUUUUUGCUAAGUAUGAGUUUUUCCCAGGGUUUCUUAGCAACAGUAUCCAUGGUAAUCAUCUAGAUUGUGUUGUUGCUAAGUAACAUGAAUUGAAGGCAUGAAUCCCUCAUUAUUUUAUAUUUUCAAUUCAUUAAUCCGUGUUAAUAUAACAUCUUUUAGCUUUUAAAUUUUUUCACAUCCUAAUUAAAACAACUUAUUGUUUGGCACCUGAUUUGACUUUUGAUAUUUUGGUAUCAUUCAGGCUUCAUUUUGCUACUAUGAUAUGACGUCUCAAUCUUUACAAUGUUGCUACACAAAAGCUUAUUUUUCAAUCAUAUUUCAUCUCAGUUUAUGGUUGUCAAAACCAUAGGGACCCCAAUUUACUGAAAAUAAGUCUAUCUUAUAUUGCAUUUUUGUAGUUUAAGACUUAAGUGGAUAGCAAAAGUAUGAAGAAAACUGCAACAAAUUCUCAAUGCAAGCUUUAAAGCGAGAUGGAAAUCGAGCUUCGAAUAAUGAAAUGAAUUUUUGAACCUUGCUAGGAACGCAUGAACUAGUUUGACUGUAGAACGUGUUUGCAUCUAUAUCUUUGACAGAAGCUAGUUGAGUUUGACCAAGAUAGUUAAGUCCUUGAGUCCUACUAUUUUACGAGUUUAGUAAAACCACUCUAACAUCUAGAAGAACCUCAAUUAGCCUACCAACUAUAUCGCGUGAGAAUCAUUGACCGUAUCAAGUAGUCUUUCCAGGACAUUCAAAUAUUUCAUGUACUGCAAAGAUUCAAAUCUAGAUUUGACUCAAGGGAGUUUUACUUUUCUCUAAAUUGGGUUGCCUGUGGUUACGAUAUCCCGUUAUUGCAGGGCGUAUGAUAUAUAAAUUUGUAAAAUUGAUUAAAAAAAUAAAAUAUCAAAUGGUGCAGCUUAA